UCCCUUCCCUUCCCCGCACCCACCCCAACCAAAGCCCACUUCUUUGCCCCCACUUGGCCUUCUUCUCCUUCCCCGCGAGGCGACCGACGCGGAGGGUAGGAGGAUGUGCGAGGGGCGGCGCCCCGGGCACGCGACCCGGCCGCCGUGGGCGCUGGCGGCGGAGCUGCGGCGGAGGGAGGCCGCGGCGGACGCGCGGCUGGCGGCGGCGCGGGCGCGGCUGGCCGAGGCGCUGGCGGAGCUGGAGCGGGCGCGGGCGCGCGCCGCCGAGCUGCAGCGCCGCCUGGAGGAGAACUACGGCAAGCGGCGCCGGCUCAAGCGGGUGGUGGCCGCCACCCGCUCCCGGAUCCACGACACCCGCGCGCUCCUCCAGGACCACCAGGACCCACACCCGCCGCCGCAGCAGCAGCAGCUCCCCGCCGAAUCCGAUCCCACCUCCUAGGGAGUCGCGGCCGGGUGAUGUGACGUCCUGCUCCGAAGACCGAUCGGAUCGGCAGGCUGCGAGCCUACACAGCUACUGAUUUCAUUCCCCUUUCUUCUUGUUUUUUCGCAUCGGAGGAAGCUAGCUAGUAGCCUGGUAGCUAGCCUCUGCAACAUACGAGCGAGCGGGACGAAUGUUCCAUGGAACAUCAAUCAAUCAGAAAAAGGCUUGUCAUGUCAUUCGCGUCGCAUACAGUGACUGGAAUGAAUCGCAAGUUAUUAGCACCUGGCAGGGACUCACUCUGUAAUACAGUAGUAGUAAUAAUGUCUUCAGUGACUGCACGCAUACAUGUGCCAAAGUCUUCA